UGGGGCUUUAUUGGCCUCACUAUGUCUGCCAUUUCCAAUUUUCAGAGGCUCUUGACUGUAAUCUUGCAGCUUAUGUGGACCUGUACUAAUAUCCGAUCUUUGGCACCCAGCCCCCUGGACAGAAAUAAAACUGGAUUGUUUGAUAUAUUUUGGAAGUGUGCCCAAACUGGUGAGCAGAAGAGUUUUUGUGUUGCGGUAUGCUGCAUAGUGAUGGCCUUCAGCAUCCUCUUCAUACAGUAG